CCACACGUUGCGCCAAGAUGGGCUGCGGAGCAUCCAAGGUAGACCGCGAGGGCGAGCUGCGCAACCAGCAGAUCGAGGAUGAGCUGCGCCGCGAGCGCCAGGCGCAGAAGAACGAGAUCAAGAUGCUGCUUCUCGGUGCCGGAGAGAGUGGAAAGUCCACGAUCCUCAAGCAGAUGAAACUCAUCAACCACGGCAGCUACAGCGCCGAGGAGCGCGACUCGUACAAGGAGAUCAUCUUCUCCAACCUGCUGCAGUCGAUGCGCGUCAUCCUCGACGCGAUGGAGAACCUGGACAUCCCGCUGGCAGACGGCAGCAACGCCAAGCGCGCCGAGAUCAUCCUCUCGCUGCCGCCGCAGAUUGACGCCGACAGCCUGCCGACGCACGUGGCGGACGCCGUGUACGGCCUGUGGCGCGACCGGGGCGUGCAGACGUGCUUUGAGCGGAGCCGGGAGUACCAGCUCAACGACAGCGCGCAGUACUACUUCGACUCCGUCGAGCGCAUGGCGCAGCCAAACUACCUGCCGACUGACCAGGAUGUGCUGCGAUCGCGCGUCAAGACGACGGGCAUCACGGAGACGCACUUCCAGAUCGGCGACCUGCACUACAAGCUGUUCGACGUGGGAGGCCAGCGCUCGGAGCGCAAGAAGUGGAUCCACUGCUUCGAGAACGUGACGGCCAUCAUCUUCCUGGUGGCCAUCUCGGAGUACGACCAGCUGCUGUACGAGGAUCAGAACGUGAACCGCAUGCAAGAAGCCCUCACGCUCUUCGACAGCAUCUGCAACUCGCGCUGGUUCGUGCGCACGAGCAUCAUCCUGUUCCUCAACAAGAUCGAUCUCUUCAAGGCCAAGCUGCCCGUGAGCCCGAUGAGCGACUACUUCAGCGACUACACGGGCGGCAGCGACUACAACGCCGCGUGCGAGUACAUCGUUGGCCGCUUCGUCGGCCUCAACCAGAGCGACGCAAAGACGGUCUACUCGCACUUUACGUGCGCCACAGACACAAACCAGAUCAAGUUCGUGCUCAGCGCCGUCAACGACAUCAUCAUCCAGGUCAACCUGCGGUCGUGCGGUCUGCUGUAAAGAGGCCUGCCUGCCACGCCGCAAUGCGCCGUCUGGCCUGCAGCCAGUCUGGAGCUCGAGCUAUAUAUCCUACUCCCAGCACAUCUGCUCUCGCUCCGUGCCUGCAGCUCGGGAUCAGCGGCCGUCUGGCGGCCACGUCGCUGCUGCUGCGUGCGCUGCCGUUGCGCACUGCAGUGGCCCGCGCCCAGCUCGACGUCUUCACUCCACUCUGUUCCUGUGCGCACCCUCGCGUGCGCUUGUCACCUCCGCCCUCUGCCCUCUUCAGCCGCGUGGCGCGCACUGCCGCUGCUAAUCUCCCACACACCUCACGUAACGAUCGGACCUUCUUUGCUG